UCUCCCCUCCACGCGCUGCAGGGCUAGUGCGCUCCCCGCUCAGCUCCUCCAUCCGGGGCUGCGGAGGCUGCCGGGGCGGACGGAGCCCUCGGGGGUGCAGGCCCGGGAGGCCCGAGCGCUUCCCCACGCCCCGCCGGCCCGCUAGUCUGAGCAGCGGCGCGGGCAGGGAGGCCCGGCCGUUCCGCGCUCGGAGGUUUUGUGGAAGUCUAAUACUUCGUCAUUAUGAGAUGUCGUCUCUCGGUACCUCCUUUGUGCAAAUCAAAUUUGAUGACUUGCAGUUUUUUGAAAACUGCGGUGGAGGAAGUUUUGGGAGUGUAUAUCGAGCCAGAUGGAUAUCCCAGGACAAGGAGGUGGCUGUAAAGAAGCUGCUCAAAAUAGAGAAAGAGGCAGAAAUACUCAGUGUCCUCAGUCACAGAAACAUCAUCCAGUUUUAUGGAGUAAUUCUUGAACCUCCCAACUAUGGUAUCGUCACAGAAUAUGCUUCUCUGGGAUCACUCUAUGAUUACAUUAAUAGUAACAGAAGUGAGGAGAUGGACAUGGAUCACAUUAUGACCUGGGCCACUGAUGUAGCCAAAGGAAUGCACUAUUUACAUAUGGAGGCUCCUGUCAAAGUGAUUCACAGAGAUCUCAAGUCAAGAAAUGUUGUUAUAGCUGCUGAUGGGGUAUUGAAGAUAUGCGAUUUUGGUGCCUCUCGGUUCCAUAACCAUACAACACACAUGUCCUUGGUUGGAACUUUCCCAUGGAUGGCCCCAGAAGUUAUCCAGAGUCUCCCUGUGUCUGAAACUUGUGACACGUAUUCCUAUGGUGUGGUUCUCUGGGAGAUGCUAACAAGGGAGGUCCCCUUUAAAGGUUUGGAAGGAUUACAAGUAGCUUGGCUUGUAGUGGAAAAAAACGAGAGAUUAACCAUUCCAAGCAGUUGCCCCAGAAGUUUUGCUGAGCUGUUACGUCAGUGUUGGGAAGCUGAUGCCAAGAAACGGCCAUCUUUCAAGCAAAUCAUUUCAAUUCUGGAGUCCAUGUCAAAUGAUACUAGCCUUCCUGACCAGUGUAACUCAUUCCUGCACAACAAGGCAGAGUGGAGGUGCGAAAUUGAGGCAACUCUUGAGAGGCUGAAGAAACUAGAACGGGACCUCAGCUGUAAAGAGCAAGAGCUGAAAGAGCGGGAAAGACGUCUGAGGAUGUGGGAGCAAAAGCUGACGGAGCAGUCCAACACCCCGCUUCUCUUGCCUCUUGCUGCAAGAAUGUCUGAGGAGUCUUACUUUGAAUCUAAGACAGAGGAGUCAAACAGUGCAGAGAUGUCAUGUCAGAUCACAGCAACAAGUAACGGGGAGGGCCAUGGCAUGAACCAAAGUCUGCAGGCCAUGAUGCUGAUGGGCUUUGGGGAUAUCUUCUCAAUGAACAAAGCAGGAGCUGUGCUGCAUUCUGGGAUGCAGAUAAACAUGCAAGCCAAGCAGAAUUCUUCCAAAACCACAUCUAAGAGGAGGGGGAAGAAGGUCAACAUGGCCCUGGGGUUCAGUGAUUUUGACUUGUCAGAAGGUGAUGAUGAUGAUGAUGAUGAUGAUGACGGUGAUGAGGAGGAUAAUGACAUGGAUAAUAAUAGUGAAUGAAAGCAGACAGCAAAGUAAGAAAAUUGAAAAUGUUCGGCAAACCAAAAGAAACUUGCUACUCAGUCUGUACGAAAACCAAUAAGGAGGUAGAAAAGUAAGCACGGAAUUUUUAAGCCAAUCACAUUUCUAGGACAGUCAUUUCUUUAAUGAUUUUACUUUUUUUUUUUUUCCUGCUUACAGAAAAAUCGGGGGUUGGGGGAGGGUUAAGCCAGAAAGGUAUAUUUAAUGAGUCAGCAAAUGUGGUGCCUGAUUAUAGAAAUUUGUGACUCUAUUAUACAAUAUAGUAUUUUUCACAACUAAUUAUAUUCUGGCUUUUUUUUUUUCAAGCAAAUACUUUAUACUUUGAUUUCAUUUAUUUAAUUGCUUAAGAAAACUUACAUUUUGAAAAAGCACUCUUAACUCCUAAUUCUUCUUAGACACUGAUUUUCUUGUAACACACUACAUUUCUUUUUCUUCUGGCAAUAUGCUGUGCUGUCAGAAAUAAUUGAGAGUGACUACAAAAUCCAACAAUAAAAAAAUUGAGAUGAAAGGCGGCGAUCACAAAUACUUCAGAAAUACCUAAAUGCCAAGAAUUUUCAAUACUUAAUAGCACAACUACUCACAGUAAAACCUGAGAGAUGUUCUUAAUAGUAUACUGGAAGAAGAAAUACUCUAAUUUGAAACCAACAGCAGAUGUUGCAGGCUUUCAUGCCAGUGCUAGCCCUGGAAGCUUCUGAACAACACACGAUCAUCUGAGGCGUAGUUUAUAAAAGAAGGGUAUGGUCUUAAAGGGAAACUUACAGGCAGGGCAGCUCAAGUGCUAAUACAGACCUGCUCUGCGCUGCCAGUAAGGAUAUACGCAUGUUCUCUUUCCACAGGGGCAUGAUCAUUCUGGGUUCUAAAUAUAUGCAGAGAUGUUUUAAAGAGGGAACUAAAUAUAUAAAGGGAAGAGCGAAGGUAAAUUAUAUCUACUGAGACAGACGUGGAGGAUGAAGGGUCCUUUUUAAUUCAGAUCCAGCCUCCCAGAGUGUUUUGGGUUUUUUUUUUUUGACCUGGAUUGAGCCACACUGGUGAUAAAUGGAAGUGAAUGUAGGUGCCGUCUGAAAACCUAGUUCUCCAGAGAGGUUCUCAGAAUGUUAUCACAUUUGUCAAAGCUAUAAAACACUGUUUGAAAAAAACAAAACAAACUACAAAACAUUUGUAGUCCUAUAUAUACAAGAAAGGCAAAAGAAUAAAAACUUUUUUCAGCCUAUUUUGGAAAGAAGGGCCAUUCAUUUGACUAUUAAACUAAAACACUUUUGGUAGUUCUUUUUAUGGGGAAUUUAAGAAAGGAUAUUAUCAUAGAUAUUAUCUAAUACUAUUUCCAAGUAUACUCAAUCAGGAAAAGUCUCUGGAAAUUUGAAGCAUGACAGGCUUCUAAUCCCUAUUAACAGCUGAAAAAUACCACAAAAUGAUCAGUACACUGUGCCAGCUUUAUUUGGAGAAAAAUAACUAUUAAAAUGUCCUGGGGUGUGAAAUGCAGAACAGUCUAUAUGCCAUGGUGAUAAAGAGAAGGAUCUGUAGUCAAAUUAUGAUUCAAAACUGCCGUGUAAUCUGUUAGAAAUUAUUUAACCUGCGUAUCUGUCUGCUCAUUUUUGCCAUGGGAAUGGUAACACCACUUCAAAGGAUUGCUGAAGGGAUUAAAUGAAAUAAUACAUGUAAAGCACUUAACACAGAACCAGGCCCAUGAGAAGUGGUCAGUUAACUUUAGCAAGUCUUCAUCAUGCCAGUGAAAAAUAAGUGGUUACAGUAACCUGGAAAACUAAACUAUCAACUUCAAGUAAUACUUAUUGAGUAGCAGGCGAUGAAAGUUAAAGUAAACAGCUUUCGGGAAAGAUGAAGAAAGCAUUCUUAGAACGUAAACUAUAUAAACAAAUUUAACCUGGUGUUCUUUGAAGACUACAUACCUGAGGGGUUUGCAGGCCCUGCUACCACCCAUAGACUAAGUAAAAACAGAACGAAUAGGUAAGUCUUUCCCCUGGGAGAUGGGUUGCCUCCAUUCCCAAUCCAGUACACCUUCUGUCUAUGCAGCCAUUCACAGAUGCACACUACACAGUGCUGCCGGCAAACAGGCACAAACCUCAACAGGUGUCCUGUCCGUGUGCAGACGUAAGAGGAGCACUCCUUGACUCAAGCUGAACCCCUCAAGCUGAACAUCUGGGAGCCAAGCAGAGGGGUGGUUGUCAACUCUUGACUUCCCAGCAUGCCCUGGGGGCACUGUAGUCCAGCAACCUGGAGGAGAGAAUCAAGGAGCAAGUAGUUAAAUUUUUUUUUAAUGUUUAUUUAUUUUUGAGAGAGACAGAGACAGAAUGCGAGUAGGUUGGGGGAGAGAGAGAGAGGGAGACACAGAAUCCGAAGCAGGCUCCAGGCUCCGAGCUGUCAGCACAGAGCCCGACGUGGGACUCGAACUCACAAGCUGUGAGAUCAUGACCUGAGCUGAAGUCGGACGCUCAACCGACUGAGCCACCCAGGUGCCCCAAGUAGGAAGUAGUUUAAAAGCCUCUUGCACAUCUUUCUAGAGAAAGAUAAAGUCAUUCAUUCCACAGAUAUUCAUUGAGCCCCUUCUCUGUGCCAGGGACUGUUCCAGGGACCAGCUAGAGGGAGACCCUGGUGCUCAUGGAGCACACCUGCUAGUGAGCAGAGAUCCUGACAGUAAACAAAACAAGUGGGUUCUAUAGUACGUAAACACUUGUUAAGUGCAUGCUGAAAAACGGAGCAGGGAAAGAAGAUGACACACACGGAGGAAUGUUGUGGGUUUUCAAGUGUGGUCGGACAAGGCCUCGCUGAUCAGGGAAGGUCUGUGGGCUAAUUUUGAGAUCUGUGCGCUUUAUGUAAGAAUGUAAACCCUGCCUCUCAUUCAAGAAUCCUCAUCAACAAAUUUAGAACAUAUAAACAGAACGAAACUGACAUUUUUUUCUUAAUUUACAUAUAAAUCUAUCGUAAUUACACAUAAAGUAUCGGUGCAUUAAUAGAAGUAGCCAAAUAGGGCUAGAAGAGAAAGGUAAUAAGACUCUACUCAGACCUAGGGGUUACCGUUAAUUAGGGAAUAUCUCCCUGAUCUCUCCACUGCUGUCAUCUUCCUCACCAGUAUUCAGGGAUUUAGGGUACAGCAGAAUUGAAAACUUCAGUGAUAAGCUUGAAAUUGUUCUCCACCUGGAAUUGUAUUUUAUUAUAGGUAAUUAUCAUACAGCAUUACUUUAUGUUUCAGAUAAGUCCCUUUCUAGGGUUUUGAACAUCCCUAAAGUCUAAAUCCUAUAAACGAAAUUUUAAAGUGGUCUCACUCUAUCUGUGAAGAUUAUUUAGAAGACUUUAGACUCUUAUUACUUUUCAAAGGAACUGUUUAUUAUGCACAUUUUCUAAUGAUGUUAAUUGUACGGCUUCUAAUUCACUUCAAAUCAGUUUUUCAAAUGGCAAAUUGUUGAUGUUGGAUUUAUUUCCAAUUACUUACAAAAGUGUAUACUUAUAAAGAAACACUAAGAAAUUUAAAGAUUCACAAUAAUUGAAACUCUAAAUUGUCAUAAUUUUCAGAGUCCUACAACUGAAAAUAUAAUUGCUCUUUUUCAUCUCUUUUUCUAUAUUCAUAAAGUUGACGAUCUAGAAUUUGAUGACUCUCUACCAGCCAUUCUCGUCUUGGGCACCUAAUGAUGUUUGGCGGGGGGGGGGGGGGGGGGAGGCUGGAGAAUAUUUUUGGUUGUCACAGUGACUGGGGUGUAUUUAAUGCCCAGUGCCAAAAAUGGUAACAUCCUGCAUGCCAGGGACAGUCCCACCCAAUAAAGAAUUCCAUUUACCAAUAGCAUUGUCCCUUUCCCCUUUAAGAAACUUGCUAAACCUGGCAGUUUUACAGUUCUGUAUCAAAUUUUUCUCCCUCAAACAAAAUUGCUCAAGUCAAAAGAUGCAUUUCCAAAAUUACAACUACUGUACAAUCUAUAGUUUAUAGGCUUGUGGCAUUUAUCUUAAAUCCUCCCUUGUGGAAAUGGUUUCUUUCCCCUUAAGAAUGCUGGUGGAAACUUUAUAAAACAGCAAAAUUUACCUGGGGUGGGGGUUAGUGUCACUCUGUUACACUAAUUCCAAAAUAAGUAAAAAAGGAAAACAUCACUGAGGGAGCUAUAGUUCUUCAAAGCAGCCAGAUUAAUUUAAAAGGGCUGUGUGUGUGUGUGUGUGUGUGUGUGUGUGUGUGUGUGUGUUAAGUAAAAUCACAUUUUAAUAUUUUACAUUAAUAACCAAUGGGAAGAGUUGAAGGCACAUAGGACACUUGUUUUGGAUCCUCUGGAAAUGUUGAGGGCCAGUUUUUAGCCAGUGAUGUUUAACCUGCAGCAAAUCUGUUAGAUUUUAACACCAGCUGAGUUAAUUCAAAAUUGAUUCCCAUUAAAAUCAAGGAAUCAGACGUAAGAUUCGGGAGAGAUCCAGAAUGACUUCUCCUAGAACUAUGAUGUACAUAACUAUUUUUCAGAGUUUUCAUUGUAGUAAGAAUUUCAUGAGAGAUCAUUUUAAAAGCUAUUCUGAGUUAAAUAUUGAGACUUUUUUGGGUUUUGAUACGCUAGACUUGUUGCAGCAUUUGAAAACUAGCACAUUCUCACUCUACCACAUAUGAGAGAGCAUAAUUUUUCUAUAAUCAGGCACCUUUUGCUGCUUUUGAGUAAGACUGUUUUCCUGUUUAGACUUUAAGCGUUGCCAGAAAGAACAAUCUGUUCUGUUCUUUCGAUUGUGGCCCAGCCUGAUAGCUGUAGCAUUUCUGUGAUGAAAAAGGAGCGUGUACCAGGAAAUCUGAAGGGCUAGCUAGCCAUGUUCGUUUAUGCUUCAACUAUCAGUUGCACACUAUUGCCUAUGAGGAGCUUUCUGGCAUGUGAUUAUUGACUUUAAAACUAGUGUUUCAAGCACCUACAUUAAUUAUUUUAUAUUGUGUGCAGAACAGUUUAACUUUUAAUGUCAGAUACAAUACACUGCACAUAUUGCUUUUGCACUCUUUUAGAAAUUUUGUACUAAAUAAUAGGAAAUAUUUAUAUUCUUUGAGUGUGAGCUUUGAAUAGAUGGCAUUAUCACUUUUUUUUUUUUAACAAAACCUUUUUCUCAACUAUUCUGUUGCAAUGUUAUUCUGAGCAAAUCCUAUGCCAAAUAUCUUGUAUAAUGUUUGUAUGGGAGAUUACAUAUCACUCGUGUGUGGUAAGACUACUCAGUUAUUGAUUUCAUAGUUGGAAUUUGAUAUUCCAGCACAAGUCCACAAUGUAUUCAGAAAUCCAAGUUGGUGUCAUACAUUUCAUUUUGAUGUGAACUUUUCUUUGCUUUUUUCUUUGUUUUAAGACUCCAUUUUGCAAUAAACGUUUUGACAGUAAAUCCCUUUGUUAUGUGUUGCUGUGUAUAUCAGAUCUUUGUUAGAUGGGAUUUCCCAACAUCCUUGGAAGGAAUCACGGUCACACGCAUGCACAUGAAUGUGAGCUUUUCUCUCCUGAAAUCAGUUGAGUGUAAAUAAUGAAUUUGUAAAGUGAUGGGGCAGUCACGAGGUGGAUUUUUCUUAUCCUCAAAAGAACAAAAGGCUUAGAACUCAUGCUACAGCAGAUACACUGACAUGCUAAGCAGGUACAGAAAGCAUAAAGGAGAUGGUAAACCACUAUGUGGCUAGAGAUCAUUAACUCUUACCCCCAUCUUGCCAAAUUCAAACCGUCUUGAAGCAGUGUCUGGCUCCAGCCUUCCUAUCACUGAUCUCUGCAAGCCUUGUGCAAGAAUCCUGCCAGAGUGAUUAUCAAACUGAAUCUCUGCCUUUCCCUUGGCGUCCUCUUGACGAGCCACUCUAGGAGGGCAAGAGAACUCUUGCCCUCUCCUUUUGACCUUAAAACCAAAUAUGAUGGGUUUUGAUUAGUUGUUUCAUUUACAACCUUUAUUCAAGAAAUACUUAACGAUUUUGCUUAGCACAACAUUUGGGAAUUGUAUAAAAAUCAAACCACCACAUAUCCCCCCACUCCCUAUAGAGGCCAACCUUGAUGCAGGGAAAGAGUUCUGUAAAGUCAGUCUGUUGUUCCUUGAACUCAUCAAAAAAGUUCCUUAUUUCACAUUUGUUUCCGUGAUGGGAAAAGGGAAUGACAUGUUCCUGCAGCUGUAUUCAGCUGCCCCAUGAACAAAUAAAAUGUCAUGUAUAUUCUUCGGUCAAAUUCAGUUUUAGAUUUUUCUUCCUCAAAUCAUUUUCCUUUCUGCAUUACUGAAGCAGGUGAGUGCAUGUGAAGAUUCCUACCUAUAUCCAGUAUCUCAGAGGAGGAGAGGGGCAAUCCUGAGGGAACUGGGGUACAUGGGGGGUAGCAGAGUAUAUACAGACCGGUCGUGAUUUAUGCCCUUACAACUCAGCUAGAACACUCAAACUGUACACAAUCAAAUAUAUUGUAACUUGUGGGUUUACAACAAAAAUUCUGAUUGGCUCCCUAGAGAUUUUUAAUCAUUGCCAGAGAGAAUUUAGGCAUUUUAAGCAAAGAUGUUAAGCAUUUCCCCUUUAUCCUCCAAUAUACACACGCUGCAUCCAGUGCUCCAGUAAGGCAAACAUGCCAUGCCCCCCUUCCCUCCUGUCCCCAACACCAGUGCCAGUGUCUGGCCUUCCUGCUUCUCCUCAAGUAGAAUCACAUCUCUGUUCUUUGUGCCCUAGAGUACCCAGCUCAAGCCACCAUGCCUUCCAUCCCCAUCUUGGUCUAUGAAACCCUCCCUUUUCCCUGGUAUACCUGCACACAUUGAAUUCUCUAUCAGAGGAUUCAGCAUUUUAGUAAAUGCACCUUGCAGCUGGAUUCAUUCAACAAAAUGGUUCAACAAAGAUUCACCAAGUAUUGUACGCCAGGCACUCUGCUAGGCACUGAGUGAGCCAACACGAAGGUAGCCUUAAACUCCAUCUAUAAUCCGUAUCUGUUUCACCCCCAAUUAAAUUAAAAGCUCCUUAAAGGGAGGAGCAUACCUUUCCUAGUAUGGUUUUGAGCAUGUGAGUUCAAAAUAUUUGCAGAUUAGAAACUCACCCACCUUCCGAUUUUUACACUAAUAGUAAAAGCAACCAGAUUCAACUUUGUUUUUCAAUUCAUUCACCAAAAAAAAAAAAAAAAAAAAAUGUUAUUUGUAACAAAGGUUGAAAGGCACUGCCAUGUUACCUUACAAGCAAUCCAACCAUGCUGGCAAGUUAAGUUAGUUAAAGCUAAAGGGUAUGGCAAACUAAUUCAAGACACAGGACACAAUUUUUUUUCAAAUUAUGUAGGCGUUUAUCAUUUAGUCUAUUGCCAUGGGCAUAUACUGAAGCAAGUAGCUCUUUGGCUUUGAAAAUGAUGCGAGCCAAAGUCCUUUUGCAAAGUAUUUCAUGUCUACAUCUGAAAAGGAGAGAGGUUAGUGGUUUUCAUUAGAGCAAACUCUGCAAUGUGUGUUUCUUGGGACGAUAGUUCCAGUUUCACCCGUGCUUCUUCAUCCAUGGAUCCUAAUAUUUCCUUUGAAAAAUAUAAUGCAAGUGAGUCAUUUGGCUAACCACUUAGAAAUCCUCCUGUAAGCAGCAGCAUAUAUGGAUGCCUGGCUGGCUCAGUUCGUAGAGCAGGCAAUUCCUAACCUUGGGAUUUUGAGUUCAAGCCCCACAUUGGGUGUAGAUAUUACUUAAAAAAAAUAAAGUCUUUUCAUCUUGGUAAACUACCCCAACAGUGUGAAGUUAGAAUUCCAUCAGGGUGAUGCCAGGUUCCAUUUGAAAUUUAUUUGCAACCUGCUUGGGCACAGAAGCCGUUGUCUCCACAAACACUGGUGUGGUUGAACUGACAGUUAAUGUGUUGUGACCUGGAGUUCACCGUUAAAAGGGUCACCCAAGCAAAGUCCUGGAGUUUAUUUGGUUAUUAAUAUGAUUGUUGGCACAUCCUAUGCAAUAUAUCUAAAUUGAAUUAUGGUAUCAGAUAAAAUUAUAGAUGGGAUUAAAGCUUGUGUAUCGUCCAUUAUCAUGUGUAAUCAAUAAACGAUUUAAUAUUCUCUUGAAAAAAA